GAUUUUGUAGUAUUUAUUGCAGUAUUUGUCCUCAGGUCUGAACACAGAACAGAUGUUGUUGAAGGACAUGAAAGCUGCUUCAGGAAGUUUGAAUCUGGCCGUCUCUGUUCUCUACAUCAAACUCGAGGACUUCCUGCAGAGGGCGGAUUUGGAGGCGGAGCUCUCUGAUUUCUGUCUGAAGUUCGGCUUCGACCUGCUGCUGCUGAUGACCAUCUCCUUCACUGAGAGCAAAGAGCCAAUGAGAGAGCUCGCCGUGUUCAGCCACAGCGCCACCUGCAGGGAAGAGAUGAGCCUCUACCUGGAACAGGCCCGUAACCCCGCCCUCAACCUCUGUCCAAUCAGCAGCCCCCAUGCUCACAUCACAGCCUAUCAGCAAGGAAACAGUCUGGCGUCCCGUAAGAAGCUCCUCCCCAUCGUUAAGGACUUCCUGAAGGGGCAGGACGGAGACGGUCGCCCGGGAGACGUGGAGGAGGACGAGUCUCGGGUGCCUCCGACCCCGAUGAACAGCCUGGUGGAGGGCUGUCCGCUGGACGCCGGCCUGCCGCACAUCAGCGCUCAGGACCUGGAGGAGAAGUUCAGCAAGAUGGCCGACAGGCGAGGGAACUGACCUCUGACCUCUGCAGACGUUCACCUUUAAACACGUUCAAAUAAAAGUUGCAGCUUCACGCCUGCAUGUGAUGUCACUUCCUCUGAGUUCACUAUAAUGAAACACUUCCUGUCGAUGUUUCACAAUAAGUGUUUCGGGGAAGAGACUCUGUCACUGGAGGGAUUUUAUUGUGAAACAGGAAGUGAUGCAGCAACAGGAAACAGCGAGCAGAACAGACGAGGCGCUGCAGCAGCUUGAAACACAUCCUGCUGACCUUUGACCCCAAACUGCUUUAUUGUGUUUGUAACGUUAUUGGUUCGUUAUUUUCAACAGUUCAUUAAAUCUUUUUUUAAAAACUGUCAAAUUUAACAGAAAAACAGGUUUUCACAAAAUAAAAUCAUAAAAAUGA